GCGGCUAAGUCGGAUGCCAAAUCAGCCUCCUCUUUCUUUUGCUCUCUUCUCUCCCUUCCUCAUCUCUCUCUCUCCAUUCUCUGUGGUGAUGGCGGCUACGGGCAACGCGGGGCUGAGUGGUGGCCAGCGGAGGUGGCGUGCGAGCGCGCGGCGGCGGCGACGACGCUCGCAUCCUGUCUUUCCCCUUUCUUUUUUCUCUUUUUUUUUCUUCUCUUUGCCGCGGGGAGUAGCAGCGGGCGGCAGCGGCAGCCGGCGGAGGCAGCGUGCGAGCGCGCGGCGGCCGGCGGAGCAGAGCGGCAGCGGGCGAGUGCAUGGCGGAGGGUGCCGCCGCCGCCGCCGCGCCGUCACGAAGCGACCGGGAGACGCCGACGCGGUUGCCGACAUGCCCAGAAGGAGGCCGGGGGAGGCGGUAGCGGUGCACUGGCUGCGCCACGCCAUGUUCGACGCGGCCGGGGACGACGGCGCCGCCGGCGGCGGCCACGGGCGCUUCAUGGACAGGUGCAAAAUCUGCCGUCCGUUCGUCUUCAUCGACCUCCUACGCCCCGUCCCAGUGCAGGCGUCGGUGGGAGAGUGCGGCUGUGGAGAGGCGGCGGCGACAGGUGAGCGCGGCUGCGGAUGGGGAGCGGCAGCGCCGACGACUCCGCGCCGCUCGGGCUCAUCGUCGUCGGUGGCUUCGUGCGCGGGCGGAGCAGAGGUGGGGGAAGCGAAGCAAAGGGGCGGGGGGCGUGGCGGGCGAGCGGCUCCGAGCAGCGGCUGGGAUAGGGCCAACGGGAGGAACCCGAGUCGUCGUCGUGCUCCGUGUCGCGGACUGCCGCCCGUCGCACCAGCCCUCCUCUCAGCCGCGCUCCUCCCUCGCCGGCUACCGCCCGCUGCCCGUCGCACCGGCCUCCUCCCCGCCACCGAAGGCUGCGCCGGCCCUCUUCCCUGACCGGCCACCGGACGCGCCUGCCGCGCCGGCACUCCUCCCGUGCUGGCCGUGCUCCUCGAGGGGAGAAGAGUAUGAGAGAGAGAGAGGAGGGAGAGGAGGGGAAAGAGGGAGGGUGCUGAUGUGGCGAUGUGGCACCAUGACAUGUGGGGCUUACGCUGACUCAGCCGCCACGUCAGAUAAAACUAGGGUCAGAACCAUCUGAAGGAUAACUCGAUGACAAGUUGAAGGACCUUCAGUGUACUUUUUCCUUUUCUGUCACUAAAUUCGGCCCACAAAUAAAUGUGGCACAUUUAGUUCCCAUCAACGAAUUUCAGGCCUCGAACGAAUUCUGACGGGCCAAACAUUAAUACGAGAUAAUCCGGGGCUUUUCUGAGAAACUACCUCCAAUGGACAACUGCUGCCUCGCUGACCGGUGGGACCGCUUGCUCCGGUGAAGCGCCGGCCAGGGGAGAGGCGCCGGCGUCCGCGGCCGCGGCCGCGGCCGCGAAGAGCUUCCUCGGGAAGCACACGCCGCCGAACUUGCGCUUCCUCCUCCUCGUCCGUCGCGACGGCGAUGCGGACGGGACAGGCGCUCGGCGUCGGCGUGGCGGCGGAAUGCGUCAGCGUGGGCAACGGGGAUCGCGGGGGAGGGCGGCGGAUGGAACUCCUGGCCGUGGCGGUGGAGGCGGAGGUCUAGGAGUGCGCGGACGACGAAGAGAAGGAGGUGGUGGCGGCUGAGAGGAACGCGCUAGCUGGGUCUACUCCGGCGGCGGAGGCAAACCGCCGCGCGCGAGCCGCGAGUUUGUGCGGCGGCAACGGAGGAGGAGGACGACGCCGCCGCCGACUGAUUGCGGUUGUCCCAUUGGAGAUUGAGGUAAUCACUGAUGAUGAUUUUCUAAUUUAGCCUAUGAUGAUCUGAAUGCGCCCUGAUACCUUUUAGAACUGAUCCAAUCCGAUCAGUUUGGAUCUUAGUGCUUUGCAGAAGAAAUGCCACUGUAUCAUUGAUAAUAAUGCUCUAUUUGGUAAUCAGUAAAGCAUCAACAUUGUGCUUGUCAUCAUAAUUCGUCACUAGCAGGCUUGCAUCAUAAAUUAUUUCAGAGAAAGCCUAGAUUCGAUUGCUGAUAAAAUCCUCCAAUAUUGAACUUAUUGCAUCAGGCAACUGCUGCUCACGUUGUGCAAAAUAUUAAAAGAGAAAAUCCAUGAAAUGCCAUUGACAAGCACACUAAUCCAAGAAAUGCCAUCGACGAACGCAACUUCCAGGAAAUGCCAUCGUACGAGCCAUUUUGUCCCAGAAAUGCCAUCACCGUCACUUUUACUCUGUUAGAUACCGUUAAUUUUGUCAAAAUGACCAGAUUGCCCUUCUCAACCUAGGACAAAUCCCCUUCACCGCCGGCCACUCCUCUUCCUCCCCUCCACUUCAACCACUCCUCUUCCACCUCUUCUCCCAUCGUCGGCGGCUAUCAGGAGGAUCGACACCGUUGCCGCACCCCCGCGCACGUCCUCACUCGGAGCACCCCGGUCGUCCUCGCCCUCGAGCUUCCGCCGCCGCCACCGCUGCCGUCCCCGAGCUCCCGCCCCCGGCGACUUCUCCCCUUCCACCACCGUGAGGGGGCCCUCUCUCCUCUCUCUCUCUCUCCCCGACGACGACCUUGAAUGACGAAGUGAGACUGUGGAAGUUGAGGCGGACUCGGUGGCUGUGCGCAAGUGGAUCUGGACGUCGUUGAGGAUCGACGCCGGUGACGUGCGCAAGUGGAUCUGGGCGUCACGGCCACCGGCGGGAGGUCGCCAGAGCUCCUCCGCACCUCCCCUGGCCGCCGCCGAGCCGUCCUCGCCCUACCCUGGCCGCGCCGCACGUCGCCACUCACGCUGUUGCAGCCGGCUAGAGGAAGAAGACGAUGGGGAAAGGAGAGCAAGCAGCCGGGCCCACCUGUCAUUAGCCUAUCAAAAUUUUUCCAUAGAAAAAUAAAUCAGCAGAAAUGUAAAUCAAAGCCUUGGCCCACUUGUCAGCCACUGUAGACUGAGGAUAUGUGUCGGAUUAAAAAAAUACAUUAUGAACAGUGCUGUUUCAUUUGGUGAA